AUGCCUAUCACUGAAACCUUCUUCCCGGCAUUUUUGCAAGCUUGUGAUGAUUUUUCUCACGAUAUUCUGGAUAUCCAACUCACCUGUGGAAUCUGCCACGAACAGAUGACAUUCAAAGAUGAAGAUGAUCCUCGCCUCCGUGCAUUUGUCCUACCUUGCAUGCACAUCUACUGUAACGGAUGCGUAGACGAAAUGGUGGCCCACUGCAAGAAUAAUGAGAAGUCCCACUAUGUUUGCCCAAUAUGUCGUGCAUGUUUACAUUGCGAGGAUUGCCCAAACCCCUCCAAGAAGGGCAGGUUGAUUCAAAUGGAUGGUGAGAAGUCAAUUGCGCUUAUAGAGGACAUCCUAAAGCUGUGGCAUAAACGGGGGCACUGCUUCAAUUGUGAUGUGGGCAUGUUGUCAUCCUGGCUGCACGUACUGGCGAAGAUAUGGCAGGAUUCCACUGAAUUGAUUGACAAUGGGAAGGUUCUGAGAAUGUCGGUCGAAUAUGAAGGUAAGACAUGGGGUGAUCCCUCACAAUAUCUCGACUGUAAGCUCGUUGAACAGAAGCCGUUACCUAUACAUCUUGAUGUACCUGUCAAGAUUAUUGAGAAGGGCCUGCUAAAGGCGCAUGGCAUUGCGGUGCCCGCUGGCUCAACGGCUUUUAAAUACGAGCUUCGUAUCUAUGAACCGAGGAACAAAAAGCAUGAGGUUCUUGUCUGGGAGAAACACCAUUUCGAACAGACGGAGCAGGACAUGCGAGACCAUUGGGCAGGUAACCGGAAGCUUAUGCUUUUGGGCCUUGCUUUCGAUCUGCGUGAUGUCUGGUCCGAUGAGAAUGUUCGAAAAAAGAUUUACGAGCGAGCAGAUCGUGAAUCAAAGAGCAUAUUUCAGAGAAUAGAGGACAAUGAAGUUGAAGAGGUGGAUGUUGAAGAUGGAGAUGAUGAAGAUGAAUUGCCAGAUGUGUACAUAGUAGUUUGA